AUGGUUGCCGCCGGUCUGUCGCCCAUCAAACACCAGCCUGCCGAGUCGCAGCCAUGCUUUGCCACCAUGGACAUCGACAUCGGCACCCCAACCUCCUCGCCGCGCGGCCGCUCCUCCUCCUGGGCCGGCAUCGACCUGCGGGUCCUGCUCUCCGUCGUCUUCGGGGGCAUCUUCACGGUGUUCCUCCUCGCGGCGUCCCAGGCCGCGCUCCCCUCCGCCUCACUCUUCCUCCAGCGGUACUCCGCGGCCACCCAGCGGCCGUCGCCACCGCGCUUCGCCUACCUCGUCUCCGGCUCGAAGGGCGACGCGGCAAGGCUGCGCCGCUGCCUGCUCGCGCUCUACCACCCGCGGAACCGCUACAUCCUCCACCUGGACGCGGAGGCGCCCGACUCAGACCGCGCGGAGCUGGCGGCCUUCGUGGCCGCGCACCCGGUCCUCGCCGCGGCCGGCAACGUGCGCGUGGUCGAGAAGGCCAACCUGGUUACCUACAGGGGCAUCACCAUGGUCACCACCACGCUGCACGCCGCCGCCGCCUUCCUGCAUGGCCCCGGCCCCGCCGACUGGGACUGGUUCAUCAACCUCUCCGCCUCCGACUACCCGCUCGUUACGCAGGACGAUCUGAUGGACGUGUUCUCGCGGCUGCCGCGCGACCUGAACUUCAUCGAGCACACGAGCGACAUGGGCUGGAAAGCGCAUGCGAGGGCGAAGCCGUUGGUGGUCGACCCGGGGCUGUACCUGAAGACGAAGCGCGAUCUCAUGUGGAUGAACACCGAGACCGAGAAGCGGGAGCUGCCCACCGCCUUCACGCUCUUCACCGGUUCUGCUUGGACGGUGUUGUCGCGGCCCUUCGUGGAGUACCUGAUCGGGGGGUGGGACAACCUCCCGCGCACCCUCCUCCUCUACUACGGCAACUUUGUCUCCUCCCCGGAGGGUUACUUCCAGACUGUGGCCUGCAACGCGGACGAGUUUCGGAACACCACCGUGAACCACGACAUGCACUACAUCUCCUGGGGCGAGCCCCUGGGGCAGCAUCCGGAGCUCAUCAACGCCACUCACUGGGGUAGGAUGCUCCGCAGUGACGCCCCCUUCGCGCGCAAGUUCAACCGAGACCCUAACGACCCUGUGCUCGCUAAGAUUGACGUGGAACUCCUGUCACGGCAGCCCGGCAUGGUCAUCCCAGGCGGCUGGUGCACAAGAAAUGUUGGUGGAGGCGGCAGCGAUGAUCAUUGCUCGGCCAUCGGGGACACGACACUCCUGCAUUCUGGCCCAGGAGCUGCGCGGCUGCAGCGGCUCGUCGAGUCGCUCCUGUCGAAGGACAACUUCCCGCCUAAACAAUGCAAGAUCAUCGAGCACAACGAUUGA